AUGGCUGUGGCCCUAAGUGGUGGCCUCUUUGUAGGGGUGCACCAGGGGAUUCUGGGAAAGAGCUGCCUCGCGAGACCUCAUGCUCCCAGAGCUACUCCAAGGAGUGAUGCGGCAGAUAACCCAGGAUCAACCAGCGCAUUUUCAAUGGUGCUUCGGAUGACGUCCCUCUUGACCAUGUCAUGGACUUGUUUGAGGUGCAAAGUGGCCAAAGCCGGAGCGCAGAAUCGCCGAAGGGCAGUCUUCGGAUGCCUCUCCACUUCGAUCGCCGCGCAACCGUUGCAACCGGCAGCGGCAGCCGAGUGGUGCGAAGGAUCGGUUUUCAAUGGCUCCUGGACUAUUCCUGAGUCGCUCGGUGGGAAAGCUAGCAUCUCGGUUAGCGACGGCACGGCAGUCAUCACGGGAAGCAAGGGUGGGCAGAAGUGGGAGCUUCGCUCCACAAAUAUUCAGGGCGCACCACUCGUUUUUCGAAUUGCCGGCGUGCAGCGGCAGUUCUGGGUGGACUGGAGGCCACUUGGUGGACCAACGGAGCUGCGUGGGGUAUGGCAAGGGGGUAUGUUGGACGGACCCUUGGCAACAGGCCCUCCAGAAAUCAAGUGGGACGAUGGCAGCAGUAGCCAUGACUAUGAAUCGUUUGAGAACUCGCCGGUCGAAGCGCUGCUCCCGGCCAGCUGCUUUGCCAAUGUUGCAAGGGACCCGAUAAAUGCGCUGCGCUUGCUCAGUUUCUUGCUGGCAAAGAACAACUUCGGUCCGAUCUCCUUCGGGUCACGACCCCGACAGUACAUCGCAGAGUCUCACCCGGCUGUUCAUCGGAUGGCGCUGGCUCAGGAUCUCCUGGAGGUCAUCCACAUAGCCCGUCCAAGCGGAAUGCGAGGAUCUCCGGGGGGAUGGAGGGAGCUGCAGCGAGACAAAGAUGGUGCGCUUUGUGACAGCGGAGCGGAAGUUUUUCGCGACUUCCCGGAGAGACUUCGGAUGCAGGACUUCGUCCUUUCGGCGAAAGCAUCCGUCAACGAAGAGAUCUUUGCUGGCCAGCUCCGAGUCCAAUCCAGAGCCAUCUUCGCCGGAAGCAGCAGGAGCUACACUUUCUCGAGGCGGCUGCGCAGCCCAUCCUCAGAUCGCAGAGGUCGCGACGGUCGCAACUUCUCUCCGACACUCCAAGAGCGGACAUCCACGGCGAUCCAUGCUUUGGAGCAUGGUAUGGAGCCUCCUGGAGCCUCAGACAAGUGGCGCGUGGCUCAACUCUUCUGCGAGCUUGUCCCGCGCUCCGUGGCCAAGAUUCAACGCAUCGAACGCGUGGUCACUCCUGAGACGUACGCGAAGUUCAUGCAGAAGACUGGCGCCGGGGAAAACGCAAAUGACUUCGGAAUCGUUUUCUUCACGCCAAAGGAUGCAGAUGAGUUGAACCGAGUUUGUUCUCAUGGCUUGGCAGUGCGGUCUCCUCCUGCCCGCGUGGUGUCAGACUGCGGAGCGGCCCUUGAGAAUCAGUUGCGGAGCGAGGAGCCAGGGAAAGGACUGGAUGUGAGAUCGAUGUGUGUGUUCUUCUGUGGACCAGAGGUGGCCAGGUCAAAACUGGGAGGUGCCAGCGAUCGACCGAAGGAUGUUGUUGAGUUCGAGGUGGAAGAUGCGAGUCACUUUCUUCUGGCCUACACAAUUCACUAUCAAAUUGUGGCUGACGAGCCCUCCGACCAUGCAGAGUUUCGUUUCCAAAGCCCUUCUCCGGAACAUGCACGCUCACCUUCCCGCUCGCGUCGGGUAAGUGUCCGAGAUCCCUUAGUCCAGGGAAUCCUUCAGAGGCUGCCUGAGUUGGGGGAUGAUGUUGCAGGUACCGUCCUGCUGCCCAGCAACUCUACAGAGGCUGAAGCGGUUAUCUCUCUGUACCUUCAAAGUGGCGGAGCAUCCCGGCUUCGAAGGCCGCCUGGAGUGAACCUUCGCGAAGCUUUGGGAGGUGUCGUCGUUCAACGCAUCGAAAACAAGCUGCUUGGCCUCGAGUAUCUCGAUGUUGAGUUGGAGUCAGCAAACGGUCCCCGAUUCCGGGAGGAUGUAGUCUGGCAUGGAACCCGGCUGAAGCGUGCUGAUGAAGAAGCCAGCUUGGCCCACAAACUCCAAUCCAUAGCCGAACACGGCUUUGAUCCUCAACGCUGCAUCAAAGGAGCUCAUGCAGCCGGGGGGAUCUGGCUGGCUGCGAAUCCCAUGGAAUCCUUCGGGGUGGGAGGAGAUGGGCUGGUUGCCUUUGUCCUUUGCCUUGCUAAGACGAAUUUCAAUGAAUGGGUAGACACAUCCUGCGCCCGAGUGCUGCAGCGUGAAAGAGUCUUACCUCUUUAUUCUUUAGUGCAUGUGUAG